AUGAUGGACCAUCACACCACCAAUAGUAGACGCCUUGUCUUGUUGGCAUUCUUUCUCGGUGCCUUGGGUGGCUUCCUCCUCUCCAACCUUACGAGACCAGUCCCCAAGCAGCAGGAACGAGCCCAUCGUUCCUGCAACCAGAUUGAACUCGAAAAUGACGACGUCCUCUUGCCUCCCAGUGGAUUCUCUACUUCGGCUCUUUCUUCCAUGGAAAAUGGGCUCUACUCGUUGAUGGAGUACAGUGAUAGUGACCUGCACGACGUCUUCUACAUUACGUUGGCCUUUGACGACGAUACCGCCGAGCGCUUGAAGGUCGAAGGUUUUGAACGUUUUGAAGGAUUAAAGAGAAAGAAUGACACCGUGGCUAUGCAUUCCCUCGUCUUUUACUUGGCCAACUCGACGUAUCACUCGCUACAACUUUUUCACGCCCACGACAAUGCCACUGGAGAGGACAGCUUUGACAUGUCGCUGCAUGGUGAUGGCAGCUAUGAUGUGCUGACUUCUGGAAAUCCCAAGGAACGACGCCUCUUCUUCGAGAAGGCUUCCAAACCAACCAAGGGCAAAGUCAUGAAUGACAUGCGCCAACUGUUUAUAAAGAAAGCGUUCAACAAAGUCAAGAACACUGGCAAGAAGGGGGUGAACGCGGCGUCAUCUUCCGUCAGUAAACUUGAAGGUGAAGUGAAGAAAUUGAAGGACAAGGCGAAGAAGCUCACAAAAGAAGUAACAAAGCUCAAGAAUAAGAUUUCGAAGCUCCAGAAAGCCGCCAAGAAAGCAGCCUCCAAGUUUGAAAAGGAGAUGAAAUCUAUGGCCAAAAAGCUUGAAAAGGCUACAAAGUUCAUCAAGUCGUUGCCCGAUAAGAUUGACGACAUCGUCGUGGAACCCAUUGUCAAAGACAUCAAAAAGGCAGAAGACGGCCUUAAAAAGAUCGAUGAUAUCGCAAAGACGGUGGCUAAGUCAACAAUUAAGGUCAUCAAGGAUUUGCCAUUUCUUCCUAGCAGUGGAGACGAGCUGGGCAAGUUUUUGGCCAAAGGAUUUAAGGAUUUCAUUGGUGGAGACUUCUGCAUCCCAUAUGAUUGCAUUGCCAAGUUGGUCGGAAUUGAUUUCAAGGGCGUUGAGCUAGCGGAUGAUGAUGGUCUUUCUAUAGGCACUGGCAUCACACCCAAGUCUUGUCUUCGCAUCGCUGAGAUUGAGUUUGACACGAGUAAGCUUGCUGACUUCCUUGAUAUCUUCAAGAACUUGGAGGCAUUGGAGGAGAUCUUUGAGAAGGUCUAUGACUUCAUCGAGGACCAGAUGAAGCAAAUUCUGGGUUUCUCGGAUGAAAUCUUGGGUGUCCUCGAAGACAUUGAAGGUAUCGCGAAGGAUGCCUAUAAAGAGAUCAAGAAGCUCAUACCAAACCGAAGGAGGCUGGUCAAGGCUGAAACUGGAGAUGAAGUCACAAUGGAAGAAGCAUCAGCAAUUGCCUACCAAGAAGGAGUGGCCAAAUUCCAUGAGCUGUGGGGUGAGCAUGUCAAGCAGGUCUUCCAGGACCGCCAGCUAGAAGAAAGGGGAGCCCAAUACAUUGGAUUCGAGAAAUUGGUGCUGGAGGUCAAGCAAGACUUCGGCCAAACCUUCUAUUUGGAAACUUCUGGCCGGCGUGGGUACGCAGAUAGCGUCUUUGAUGAGUCCAUACACCAGACAGCAACUGUUCCUGUUCCUCUUACUGGUGGCAUGGUGAAGAUUGUUGCCAGUGGGUCCAUGAAAGCUUCCAUGCCGUAUGCAAUGGCCAUGGAGGCACAAGCCUCAGCAGAAUUUGGGUACAACCUGGGUGAGAUAACGGUAUCCGUCGAUCUCGUUGAAGGGAAGAUUGACUUCAAAAAGAAGGAAUUCAAAACCAGCAUUGAUGUCGAUGCUUCAGUUGGAGUUUCUGCUUCAAUGUCCUUGAACUUUGCCGUUUCCACGAGCCUGGGCUUGUGUCUCGGCCCAACAGAGGAUGCUUGUAUCACAGUCGCCGUUGAUGCCGGUCAGACAUCGGCUGCAGGAUUCGACGCGGUUGCAUCUGUGGGCACCGGAGGAAAUCCUCAUCCUUUAACAACAAUGUACACAGAUGUCCUAGAGUACGAAGAGCAGCCAUCGUGUGACAACAAGCAGCUCUCCUUGAAAGCUGGGUACUGGCAGUAUGUGAUGAGUCCUUGGGCAGUCGUAUCGAUCACUGGAAAGGCCGGUUGCAUUGACGAAUCCGCUGUCCUGUUUGAGAUCGAAGCUGAUGUCCUCCAAGACGAAAUCGACAGCUUUUGCCUCUCAACCAAUAUCAUCUAG